GUGGGCAACAGUGGGACCGCGGAAGGGAGAGGCCGCCUCGCUGUCCGAAGCGGAUCCCGGGGUCGCCGGUCCCGGUCCCCCCCCCCGCCCCCCCCCCCAAUGAAAAUGUCGCUGGCGCAGCGGGUCCUGCUGACAUGGCUGUUCACCCUGCUCUUCCUCAUCGUCCUGGUGCUGAAGCUGGACGAGACGCUGGGCUGGAACUGGUUCCUGGUCUUCAUCCCACUCUGGGUCUUCGACACCGUGCUGCUGGUCAUGCUGGUGGUCAAGCUGGUCGGGCGCUGCAAGGCGGGCUACGACCGACACAGCAGCAACGUCCGGCGGAAAGUCUGGUACCUGUGCGCCAUGCUGCUCAAGCUGGGCUUCUUCCUGGCGCUCUGCGCCCGUCUGGAGCGUUACGCGGUGAUGAAACUCUCCUGGGUCCUCAUCCCACUCUGGCUUCUGCUCCUCGGAGUGCUGGGCAACAUGGGGUACAGCAUCUUCUCUGUCAGAGCGGAGUGAGGGUCGUCUCCGGGCUGCACUGUGGAACCUCCAGGCUGCAGCUGAUGUUUGCACUGUGGAACCAUCGACUUGGGGAGUGAGUGUCAAGAGCAGAGUGUGUGUCGUCUCCAAGCUGCACUAUGGAACCAUCGACGUGGACUUCAACAGAUGCUCCAAAGACUGAAUGACCUGGGUGAUAUCCUCCGUGUCUGUGGGUCGUGCUUCCAAUCAAUCUCUCCCAGCCUGAGAGGGACCGUGGGGGGGGGAAUUUUAGAAGAUGGGAUCGACCAGACUGGCAGCUCCUUGCUAAUGUGCUCGCCCGCAUAGAGACAGAACCGAGCGUGGGUUUGAUGCCACUGAGCCUGGCCCAGCUUUCCAGUUCACUCCAAUCCAGCUUGAUUCUUGAGUCAUUUGGGGCAGGGGCAAGCUGCCCAGGUCUCUGUCUCUCUCUCUCAGGUUGGCUGGUUCCCUCUGUAAUUAUGUAAUACAUUAAAAAAAACUCUUCUGUCUG